AUGAAGUUGUCUAACCCGGGAACCGUUCCCGUAUAUACAAUUUCGGGCGCCUCUACAGCCCGACCUCUUCCCGACUGGCUUGCGCGACGCAGAAAGCGAAGUUUGAAGGAUGAUGCCGAAUACCAAAACCGUGUCGAGCUCCUACAAGAUUUCGAGUUCGAGGAAGCCAGCAACUGCAUCCGUGUCAGUGAGGAUGGCGACUGGAUCAUGAGCACCGGUACAUACAAGCCGCAGAUGCAUGUUCACAACUUACCUCAGCUGUCGCUUUCUUUCGCCCGUCACACGAACUCUCUCAACCACUCUUUUGAACUUCUAUCAUCCGACUACUCCAAGUCUAUCCAUCUACAGACCGAUCGCCGCCUCGAAUUUCACACUCCCAUGGGCUGCCACUACGAAGUUCGUCUUCCUAGAUAUGGUCGAGACCUCGUCUACGAUCGACAGUCUACCGAGGCUCUUGUGCCAUCUGUGGGUUUGGAUGGUGACGGCAAGGGUGAAGUAUUCCGCAUGAAUCUCGAGUUGGGACGUUUCAUGAAGUCUUACCAGGUCGAUGUUGGUGGCGAUGACGAAUUGACCGGCGGUGGUUUGCAGGGAGGCAUCGGGGUCGGCAGUGUCAACACUGCAACCAUUGCUGAGAAUACUCAUAACUUGCUUGCUUUCGGUACUUCGAUAGGAACAGUCGAGUUCUGGGAUCCUCGAUCCAAGUCCAGAGUUGCCCUAUUGGGAGGCCACGAAGGUGAAGUCACAGCACUUGAUUUCAGUCCUUCUGGUCUGUCUAUCGUGACUGGCUCGUCGACUGGCAUGAUGCAAAUUUUUGAUCUGCGACGACCUGUUCCUCUCAUGAAGAAGGAUCAAGGCUACGGAUUUGCAAUCAAGAAGCUCAUGCACAUGACAACGGUUUCACAAGAGAAGAAGAUCCUAUCAGCGGACAAGCGCAUCAUUAAGCUGUGGGAUGAGGAGACAGGAGACCCUUGGACAUCCGUGGAACCUAUCGUGGACAUCAACGACGUUGCUUGGUGCAAGGAUACUGGUAUGAUCAUGACAGCCAACGAAGGCAAGCAGCAGCACGCCUUCUUCGUUCCUCAGCUUGGUCCAGCGCCCAAGUGGUGCUCAUUCUUGGACAACAUGGUCGAAGAGAUGGCGGAGGAGGUGCACACCGAGACAUACGACAACUACAAGUUCUUGACGCUUCCCGAAUUGAAGCAACUGAGCUUGUCUCAUCUUGUUGGAAAGACCAACUUACUCCGACCAUACAUGCACGGUUACUUUGUUGCCUCCAAGCUGUACGAGCAGGCUAGGUUGAUUGCCAACCCCUACGUCUGGGAGGAAGAGAGAACGAAGCGUAUUAAGGACAAGGUUGAGAAGGAGCGCGCAAGCAGAAUCAGAGGCACCAAGAAGGUCAAGGUUAACCAGAAGUUGGUCGACAAGCUUCUCAAGAAACAGGAGAACAGAGAAGAGGUCGACACCAAGGCUGGCAUUCUUGGCGAUUCUCGUUUCAGCAAGAUGUUCGAGGAUGAAGCCUUCCAGGUCGACGAGAAUACUGGAGAAUUCCGUGCCCUCAACCCAAGCACCGCGGUGGAACAAGCCAUGGAAGCCAACAAGGGCUCGACUCGCUACCAAGGCAAGGACUCCGACGAAGAUGAGUCUAGUGAUGAGGAGAAGGAGAAGCCAGUCGCCGCACCCAGGAAGAAGUCCAAGGACGAUGAUGUUGUCAUGCGCGUCUCCUCAACCAGCAAUCAGGGACGAGAGGUCAGGGAUACAGCGUUUGGUUCAAGACAUCAGAAGUCAGGACGCAUCAACAAGGCUCGUGGCGAAGUUGUCGGCGAACGACAAGUAUCAUUUGUCCCAGAGUCAAAGAGGAAGCAGAAGAAGCGAGAGGAGGAGUUGCCUGCUGAGCCCCGAGAUAAGCGAACUGGAGCUGCUCGACGAAGUGCCAGCGGCAACACAUUUAGACGCAUAUAA